AAUUGGACAGUGGAUAAAAGUUGUGUGGAUAACUUCAAACAAAUUCACAAAAUUGAAAUCCCCUGCGUUGGUAAUGAGUCUCUGUCAAAAUCAUCAAUUCGGGAGUUGGAUUUCAUUAAAUGCUGUAUCUACUUAUACUUAUUUAUAUAUGCCCUAGAAAAAUCCAGAUUUGCUGAUUUCCAGAAAUCUGAAGAAAAAUAUGGAGGGGUUUGGGGGAUUGAGCAACAGCAUCAACGGUCUGAAACAAGCUUUUCGGAAUGGGGAAACGAGAGCCGUCGAUUGGCGGAAAUCCCAACUUCAAGCCGUUCUGAGAUUUCUAGCCGAAAACGAAGAUCGAAUUUUUGAAGCACUGAAACAAGAUCUCAGGAAGCAUCCUGUUGAAGCUUACAGAGAUGAGAUUGGAGUGGUGAAGAAAUCAGCUGAACACUCUUUACGUCACAUCAAGCAAUGGAUGGCUCCGAAAAAGGGCCAGUUACCGUUACUUCUGUUCCAUCAAGAGCGUCUUACGCUGGACCCUUUAAUCGGUGCAAUAUCUGCUGGAAAUACAGUUGUAAUAAAGCCUUCAGAAUUAGCACCAGCGUGCUCUUCUUUACUUUCUAGUACAAUCCCUCUGUACUUGGACAACAAAGCCGUUAAAAUCGUUGAAGGUGGAAGCGAUAUUGCUCAAGAACUAUUGCAGCAGCAAUGGGAUAAAAUAUUCUUUACAGGGAGCCCACGAGUAGGAAGGAUAGUUAUGUCUGCAGCUGCAAAGCAUUUGACACCUGUCACUCUCGAGCUAGGUGGAAAGUGCCCCGUCAUUCUCGAUUCCUACUCGGGCUCGGAUUUGAAGUCGGCUGUGAAGAGAAUAGCUGGUGGCAAGUGGGGCCCGUGUGCCGGACAAGCAUGCAUAGGAAUCGAUUAUUUGCUCGUGCAACAAAAACUCGCUCCAGUUUUGAUCGAAUCUCUGAAGAGGUGUAUCAAAAGAUUUUACGGUGACAACGUGCAAAACUUGCAGAGUAUUUGCCGAAUUGUGAACAAGAAUCAUUUCGAUAGAAUAUGCAAUCUUCUCGAGGAACCUGGUGUGGCAGCUUCCAUCAUUUACGGUGGUUCACUCGACCGAGAAAAUUUGAUGAUUGAGCCCACAAUUUUAUUGGAUCCUCCACUAGAUGCUCAGAUUAUGACCGAAGAAAUAUUCGGGCCUUUGCUACCAAUCAUCACACUCGAUAAAAUCGAAGAAAGCAUAGACUUCAUCAAUGCAAGACCAAAGCCUCUAGCGAUUUACGCAUUCACGAACGAUAAAAAACUAAAGGACCGAAUCUUGCAAGAAACAUCUUCCGGAAGCGUUACAUUCAACGACACGAUUAUUCAGUUUAUAUGCGAUGCACUUCCGUUCGGAGGAGUAGGUCAAAGUGGUUUCGGAAGGUACCAUGGAAAAUACUCGUUCGAUACUUUUAGUCACGAGAAAGGGGUUCUUCAUAGAAGCUUCUUCCCUGAGCUCGAGCCGAGGUACCCUCCUUGGAAUGAUUUUAAGUUAGAGUUCAUACGAUUGGCUUACAACUUCGAUUAUGUUGGAUUAUUGCUUCAUUUAUUGGGAUUGAGGAGAUUAUUUAUCCCUAAUCGGGCCCGGUAAAUCGUAUAAGCAAGAAAUCAAGAUGAUCUAUAUAUACACAUAUGUAUAUAUAUGUUGAAUAAUGUUAUGUGUAGUGAGGAGAUGAAAUCAUGGAAUAAAGUGUGUUUGAUCAAACUUGACUUAUUGAUUGGGCUCUUACUUUUAUUUUAA